AAACAGUAAAAAGGACUCUGGAAGUUCAAUGGAUAUAAUUUGUUCCAUCUGCUGCGUGUAAAGACCUUCAGACUUGAAUAUGUACGGCCCUCCGGUGGAUCUAUCAUUCAAAGACAUCAGCCGCGUUACAGGUGCGCUCUCAGAAGCCCCCCGAUGCGGUGUGCGGCCUUGCCAAACUAACUCGAAGGGGAAGUACCUGAGCUGCUCUCUGCGCCUGAGCUACAACAGCAUUGCUGACCUCUCCGGCCUCCAUCAUGCCCUGGACCACUUCCUGGCUCAGCCAUUGAAGCUCGGCUGGCUGGACCUGUCCUUCAACAAGCUCAUGAGCAUAGACCUGGUUUUGUGUGAGCUGACUGAACUUCGCGUGUUGUACCUUCAUGGCAACGCCAUCUGGAACCUGUCAGAGGUGGACAAGUUGGGAAGGCUCCAGCGUCUACACACCAUCACGCUCCAUGGAAACGCCAUAGAAACCGAAAAAGGCUACAGGAACCAUGUGAUUUGUGCCCUGCCUCAGCUGAAGACGAUGGAUUUCAGCACCGUGACACGUGAGCAGCGGGUCCUGGCAAAUGUCUGGCGCCACUGCAACAACCGCCACAAAAACACAGAGGCGAGUCUCCAGUGACUGUUGCCUCUAUUACGCAAUCUACUGAUUCAUCUUUAUUAUGGUGUCAAAACUACUUUGGGAUUAAAUGUCCUUCCUCCCUGAAUUCUAAUAUUCACCUUAUCUCAGA